CAAAAUCCUCCUCAUGCUUUUUUCAUCAAGAUUUCCUCUUCAGAAACACUCGCCUCAUCUAUUUUCCCCUCCUAAUAUUCAUGCAAAGUCCUCUUUUCCACCCUAUAUAUAUAUAUAUAGGCAACACAAGCUACAAAACUAUAAAUUGCGAAAUGAAAAACAAUCAAUGAAAAAUGGGUUAAAGUCUUACAAAGUACAAUAUGGUCCUUUUCUCUACCACCGCCGCCCCCACACCCCAAGGAACAUUAUUUUUUUAACUGAAACUUUAAUUUCCAAGCCAACAUAAAAAAGUUGCAAAAAUAGCCAAUUGGUGCAACUUCUGGGGCUAUCAAGGAUCAUUUCAACCAGUAAUUUUUCAGUCCAUUUGGUGAAUUUUAGGAAUAAUUUGUGUUGAGGUGAUUGGAAUUGUAAUUUUUGUAAAUGAAUGGGAGGUGUUGGAGUUGAAAAUGGUGUUCUUGAAAAUUGGGGUUUAGAGAUUUCAGGGCUAGUUUUGGUAAUAUUGUUUUUUGAUGUGAAUAGCUUAUAGAAUGAAUUCAGAUGUUAAUCGUGCUGGUGGACAAGUGGAAAGGGAUAUUGAGCAGGCCAUAACUGCUCUAAAGAAGGGUGCAUACUUGCUCAAGUAUGGGAGACGGGGGAAGCCGAAGUUUUGCCCCUUUCGGUUGUCAAAUGAUGAGUCUGCUUUAAUAUGGUUUUCAGGUAAAGAGGAGAAACACCUGAAGCUAAGUCAUGUGUCAAGAAUAAUAUCUGGGCAGCGCACUCCAAUUUUUCAAAGAUACCCACGACCUGAGAAGGAGUAUCAGUCAUUUUCACUUAUAUACAAUGAUAGAUCGCUGGAUUUGAUAUGUAAAGAUAAAGAUGAAGCGGAGGUUUGGUUUAGUGGUUUAAAGGCCUUAAUAUCUCGUGGGCACCAGAGGAAAUGGAGAACAGAAUCAAGGAGCGAUGGAAUUUCUUCCGGUGCUACUAGUCCUAGAACUUAUACACGAAGAAGCUCUCCUCUGCAUUCUCCUUUUAGUAGUGCUGAUAGCUUGCAGAAGGUACUAUAGCAUCCACAUGUCAUG